AUGUGUUCACUCGUUAAAUAUGGGCUGUUUGCUGUUAAUUUAAUUUUCGCUUUAGCCGGCCUCGCACUGCUUGGUGUCGGUAUAGCAGUUCUCUUGCAACUCGCUGAUUUCUCCGAGUUAGUGGAUGCUGCUUACGUCGACUCCAUUCCGGUUGUCACAAUAGUUUUGGGUGUGCUGACUUUCCUGAUAGCAUUCUUUGGAUGCUGUGGAGCUAUCAAGGAGAACGGCUGCUUACUUGUUACGUAUGGAAUAUUCAUGCUCGUGCUGGCCAGUGGAAAAAUAUACAUUUCAGUCGUAACUUUCACGAAUUGGAACAACAUUUAUGAUGCAGUCACAGAUUGGCUCACUGAAGCUUUCAGGGACACCACCGUCCGAGAAAAUUACCAUGGAUUAGAAAGAACUUUUAGUUGUUGCGGCACGGUAGGAUAUCAAUCGUACCUACCAGAGCCCAUACCGGCCUCGUGUUGUCCUGAAAACUUGACAUCAUGUACUCCAGGCGACACAUUUGAUGGGUGCAUUCAAGUCAUCAGCUCCUUCCUCGAAACGUAUGCAGAAGUGAUCGGAAUUGUUGCGAUUGUAGUUAUUGUUGUGGAGGUAAUGGCUAUGUUCUUGAGUUUUUGCUUGUGCCGAAAUGUCAGUCAAAAGGAA